AUGAGGAUAAUCCGACAGCACACUACCAUCCCUAUUCCUCAAGUGUUCGACUUUGAAAUGUCUACAAACCAACCCUUUGGUUACCCAUACAUGUUCAUGGAGCAUCGUGGUCACUCCCUUCCGAAUGGCCUGGCGAAAGCCGUACCUCGCCAACAUCGUCCCAAAGUAGCGAAGCAGCUCGCAAACGUCUUUACAGAGCUUCAAAACCUAACCUUCAGCCGCAUUGGGCGCCUCUUGUGUGGAGAUGGAGCUGAUCAGCCUGUGCAAGUCGUAGCUAUGGAUUGGCAUGCUUCUCCGGGACCUCUGGACACGUCGUUUGAAUAUUUCUACAACCAGAGACAAGCCGAAAACCGGGAAUCGAUGGACUUGCAUCCAAACGACCCAGACUGGUUGACAGCAUGCUGGGUGCUGAAGUCAGGUCUUGCCCACAUGAUCAUUGAGGAUAGGGUCCGAGGCCCAUUUUCUCUAUGCCAUCUCGAUCUACACUAUGGCAAUAUGCUGUUUGACAAGGAGUACAAUCUGACUGGAAUUAUUGAUUGGAGUAGUGCGCAAGCUGCUCCUCUUGAGCAGUUGUCUGUGUGUCCAGAAUUCGCCACCUUUCCAGGGAUGACAGAUGAGGAGAAUCAACCCAUGAUCGACUUUAAAAAUCUUGUUGUGCAAUCUAUAAGGGAGAAAGAGCAAGAGCAAGAAAGAAAGCCACCUCUUGAUGACCCAGAUCUGGACAUUGCAGGGCAGUCAAAUCUUACGCUCCUUUCCACCUACAUGGCUUCCAAAAGUGCAGAGAUUACCUAUCGUCAGUACAUGUCUUCACCCAGAGGUGCCCUCUUUGCUGGGAAGAUGGUUGCAGGGCUUAUAUAUGGAAAGAGCGUCACUUGGGAGCAGUUGAAAGAGGUUUAUGGAACUAUGUCGCUUCUCUAA